AUGUCUGGCCGUGGGAAAACGGGCGGGAAGGCGCGUGCGAAGGCGAAGUCCCGGUCUUCUCGGGCGGGGCUGCAGUUCCCGGUGGGGCGGGUGCACCGCCUGCUGCGCAAGGGGCACUACGCGGAGCGCAUCGGCGGCGGGGCGCCGGUGUACCUGGCGGCCGUGCUGGAGUACCUGACGGCCGAGAUCCUGGAGCUGGCGGGCAACGCGGCGCGGGACAACAAGAAGAGCCGCAUCAUCCCGCGCCACCUGCAGCUGGCCGUGCGCAACGACGAGGAGCUGAACAAGCUGCUGGGCGGCGUGACCAUCGCGCAGGGCGGCGUGCUGCCCAACAUCCACGCCGUGCUGCUGCCCAAGAAGACCGAGGCGCUGCACGGCGGCGCGGCCGGCAAAGCGGGCGGCAGCGGCGGCGCCGGCAAAGCGGCCAAGUCCUCCAAAGUGGCCAUGAAGCCCUCCGCCGCCCUGGUGGCCGUCCAGUAA